CAGAAAGUAUGUAUAUUGCAACCGCAGCGACCGAUAUCAAAUCAACAAAGGAGGAAAGUCCAAUCUCGUGAAAUCCAGAAGAAACAGACCGCCGUGCUGUAGAAGUAUGCACGGAUCACGUGAACACAGAUUUCCGAUCUGGAAAUUUGGAGCCAAAGUAUCCGGAGAAUUCAACACCGCAACCCAGCCGGCUUCAUCACCGCCAUUACAAUCCCUGAAACCGCGAGAAGGCUCAUCGAGGAGACCGGAACUGACUACUCUCCUGAAUCCCACGCAAAAAGCCCCCCCUCGGCACCCCAAUCACAAUGGAGAUGCGCUCCCUAGCCCGCUGCCUCCGUUCGAGGCCGACAUCUCUUCUCUACAAGCAACAACCAGGCCUCCUUGCGACCCAAUUCAUGAAUAGAUCCGCCAUCCGCAGUUAUGCUAGCAAACCCUCAGAACCCGCAAAGGCGCAGACCCCAACCGCAACGCAAGCCCCCUCCGACUUCGACGAGAUCCUUUCCAAACUAAACAUCAACAACCGCGAAUCCGCCGCCGAAGGUUCACGCAACGGCCCUUCCGAAGAUCCCCUCGCGCUCUCUCGCGCCGUGGGCAUGUCCGCAGAGACAGAAAACUAUCGGACUCCUGUGCGGCGGGUGGAGCUGAAGUUGGGACCUACUCUCGGUCGUCAGGUGCACGUUGAACCGGAGAAGGGCACGGAUUUGGCCUCGGCGCUGAGGAUACUGCAGGCGACAUGCACGGCGAAUAAGAUCCGGUACCAGGCCAAUGGUCAGAAGUUCCACACCAGACGGGGACAAGUGAGGAAGAACUUGAAGAUGGACAGGUGGAGGAAGCUGUUCAAGUUCUCGUUCCAGAAGACAGUUCGUCGGAUCGAGAAGAUGAGGGCGCAGGGAUGGUAAUUACGUUUGGUCUUUAAUGGUGUAUCAUUACGGCUUGUAUUGGGGUGUACAUAAAAUGGGAUUGCAAGGGUCGCCGUCGUUGGGAGCGAAGGGAGAUCGCGUGUUAUCCUGCUCACCUGCAGU